UUGCUACUAAAUAUUCCACGGUCAACUGUUAAUGGUAUUAUAACAAAGUGGAAGCAACUGAGAACAACAGCAACUCAGCCACAAAGUCGUAGGCCACAUAAAAUGACAGAGCAGGGUCAACUCAUGCUGAAGUGCACGGUGCACAGAAGUCAUCAAAUGUCUGCAGAGCCAAUAGCUAAAGACCUCCAGACUUCAUGUGGCCUUCAGAUUAGUACAACAGCGUGUAGAGAACUCCAUCCAUUGGUUUCCAUGGCUGAACAGCUGCAUCCAAGCCUUACAUCACCAAGUGCAAUGAAAAGUGUCAGAUACAGUGUUAUAAAGCACACUGCCAUUGGACUGUAGAGCAGUGGGGACGUGUUCUCUGGAGUGA